AUGAUUUAUUUUCAGUAAUCGCACUUAGAAGAAACACAAUAUGAUAUAAAGAAGUAGAAUGUAUCUCUCUAAAGUCCUGGUUAGUUAGAAGAAUCUUAAAAAAGCAUAAAAAAGGUAAAUAAGUAGAUAAUUUUAAGUCUCGAGAAGAAUUCAUGAUUUUUCUACAAGACUUCAUUAUAUUUAGACUAUAAAAUGAGGAUUUUGAUCUAGAGGAGGUAGUAAAACCCAAGUAAUUAUAAAUAGGUAAUUUAAAUCAUAAAAAAUCAAUGUAUUAAACUUGUAGAUAAACCAUUGUGGAUGUUUAAGGAAUUAUUUGCUGAGCUUGAAUUGCAGCUAGAAAGACACAUAGGUAUUUGUUGAUUUUAACAAUGAAUUUUUUUAGACGAUUAUACCGUGUUUAAUUAAGUGUAAUAAUUGAUUUCCAGUUUCAAUGCUCAAUACUCAAACAAGUUUAAUUAAAUAUGUUCAUUUUAUUUAAAGUGUAUAUCAAACCAAAAUUCAAUCCCUUAGUAAUAAAUAAAAAGAAUUUGCCAUUCUAUUGAAGGUACAUAUAAACUUGAUAUGAUAAGUUUAAGAAUUGAUACCAAAUAAACAGGAUAGAGUAGAAGAAAUAAACUAACAUCUUUAAUCAUUUAUCCAGUAUAAACUUAUUCUUUCAUAUUAUUAGUCAAGAGAACCAGAUACAUUUGGAUUCAUAAUCAUCUUAAUUCUAAUUAUCUUAUGGUGUAUUUUUAACAGAUUUAGAUAUUUCAUACAAGACUAAAAAAUUGAAUGUUGAUAUAAUUUUGAUUGAUACUUUUGGAAUGAAUUAAAGCAUCUCACAAAAGCUAUUUCUAUUGUUACCAAACUAUGAAGUAAUUUUACCUUAGUUGAAAUCAUCCAUCAAUAUAAACAAGGGGAAUUUAUAGCAAGUAAUGUUGAAUUUAUUUUCAAUAGGCUUUGUUUAACAUAUAUGAUGUAACCCCUGAAAUGUCUGAUUGGCCUAAUAUACUCACUUUAAAAGGAAAAGGUUUAGUAUGUUGUAAUUUUGAUGGGUUUUAAGCUAAUGAAUUUAUAAACUUCUAUUAUGGAGAAGUAUACACCCCUUAAAGAUGGUUUGAAAAAUAGACAGUUUUCAAUAAGAGAAUGCAAGAUGGAAAUAAAAAAUCAAGUUUUUAGAGUCCUUAUGCAGAAUUUUACAUUAAUGAUGAUCUUUUAGUAAAAAAUUUAAAUAUGACAAAAAGUUUAUUGAUCCCUCUAGGUAUGGAAAUAUUGCAUUAUACAUAUCAUAUUCUUGUGAUCCAAAUUGUUUAUUGGUUACAGUCUCUAUAAAUUCAUAAUAUAAACUUGCUAUUGUUACUUCGAAGAAAAUUAAUUAUCUAGAAGAAUUAACUCUUCCAUUUCCAUUAACUUCUAAUGACUUAUGUUAGUGUGGUUCCAUAUAUUGUAAACGAAUCUCUUAAUUAGAUAAACUCAAUAACAGAUUAAUAUUAAAUUACCCUAAUUAUAUACAAAGAAAUGCAAUAUUAUUAUAAUCAACAAUUCUUGGGAAAAAUAAUAAUUAAAAAAAAAUUCCUUAUUGGUUGAAUAAUUGGCAAAAACUUUGUGCUUGUUAAGAUCAAAUCAAUAUUUUAUCAUGUGUUGAUAAAGUUAAAUUUGCUUUAAAUGUUCUAAAUGUUACUGCCUCUCCAAUAUUUUUGAUUUUUGACAUUUAUGAAAUCUUUUGGAAGAAUUAUGAUAAUUCAAACCCUAAAAAUGAAUUAAAAUAAUCAAUUCUUAAUGAAAUUAAAACAUUAUUGAUAAGACACUCCAAUCUCAAAGAAUGUUAAACUGCAUUAGAAAUUAUUACAUUAAUGAAAUCUAUUAUAGAUAACUUAAAUAAAUAUAAAAUCUAAUUAACUAGAAUGUUAUUACUAAUUUUAAGUGAAAUAUUCUUAGAUAUGGAAACAUCUCAUUUUCAUAAUCAAGGUUUAUCUACUAUAUUAUACUUUAUGUCUUUCACUCAUACCUAUUUUUCAUCAACAUAAUAUGAGGGAUUCUUUGGAAAACCUUUUGAAGAAAAUGAAUUUGAAUAUAUACCUUAGCCAAAAAAUAAAUAAAAAUUAGCUUUAGCUAAAAUGUAUACUCCAUAAUACAUAUGGGGAUAAUUGAUAAAUUGGAACAAACAAACUCUUCAAAAUCCUUAAUCUUCCAUGGCUUAAGAAAGAAGAGGAGUUUUAUGUUAUCCUUCAUUAAUAUUAUCUUUUGACAAUAAACAUAAACUCUUUCCAUAUCAAUCCAAAACAAGAGAAAAAUUUUUAGAAUACUUUUAAAUCAAAUAAGAUAUCUAACCAGAUUUAUCAACAUGGUCAUACAAAAACUAGUAUAAGUAUUAAUGAUUUUUUAAACUUUAGUAUAUAUGGAACCAUCUUUUUUGAAUAAUAUUUCUCAUAAUAAAUUGUUGGAGACAAUUACAUAGCUUAAAUAUCUAAAUAUGGAACUUAAACAUUUGAAGAAAAAUAUCAUUUUUGGUUACAUAUUGAAAACAGAUUCAAUUAGGAUAAUUAAAUGAUUGAAGAUUUAAAUCAAAGUUUUUAAAAGUAAUUCUACUUCUAUAAUUUAGAUAUUUUUAAAAAUUUUUCAAUAAAUCAAAUAGAUUUAGUUCUAAUUCAGAAUGCGCUGAAUAAAUAAUCAAAAAAAUUAAAUUAAAAAAUCCUCCCAUGACUAUUGAUGACACCUAAAUUGGGUAAUUUUGA